CCUCUCCCUCACCAAGUUCCUUCUCUCUUCUUGAAUAUCCUUCCUUGCGUCUGUCUCUUCUGCCUGUUAGAGCUGUAUCUUAAUCUCAUAUCAUUAAACCACCUUCACUCAGGAUGGGCUCCAGACCCCCCAGCUUGCUGUUGCUGUUUCUCACCAGCCUCCUACUCACCUGGCAAUGUGCCAGAGGAGAGUCAUCAUACAUUAUAGAUACCGUUGGACUUACCAUCCUACCCAGAAGCACAGUUCAGAGUGGGACGCAGGUGUCUAUAGGCUGCCAGGCCAGCGUCAUUCUAAGCAACAUCUCUCAUAUGACCUACCAUUUCCUGCUUACUCGGAAUGAUGUUCCCAUCCAUUCCUAUAAUACCACAGAAGACUCUGUGGUAUAUGAGCUCAACCCAGCCAGGGCAGCUGACUCUGGAAAUUAUGAAUGUCAAGUCACAGUUAAGGACAAGAGCAAGCGCAGCAUCAUCCAGAAACUGGGCGUGACAGGCCUCCAGACCCCAAGACUCUAUCUGAGUAAUGUAUCACCGUAUGAAAGUGAGGAGUUCACAGCCACCUGCAGUGCCUCGGAGGAGAAAGGACCCCUUAAAUUCACAUUUUACCAGAGGUUUAUGACCGGAGAGCCUGAAAAGAUGAAGCAGCUAGAAACAUCUGGGAAUUAUUCAGAUGCCACUUUAAAACUCAGACACAUAGGAAACUGCUUUCUGUCCUGUGAUUAUGAAAUCAAUUUGAUUUCCGGAUCUAUACGCUCCAGCCGCAGCGAUGAGAUUGAAGUGAUAGUCAAAGUGCUCAACAUUAAACCGAUCAUGAACGUGCUGCCCUCCCUGACUGUCUUUGAGGGGGAUGUGGUGGACAUUAUUUGUAAAGUAGUAGAUAUCCCAUUAAAGAACAUUGAAGUAUUCCUUACAAAGGGCAGAAGGGUACUCAAAAAAUCUCCAAACACAGCCCUCAGUCAUCUAAUAACCAUUCAGGAGGGAGACUCUGGGGAGUUUGUUUGCAAGGCAGAGUGGGGGAAUGUCCAGAAAGAAAGCUAUAUAACAAUCACUGUCAAAGAGCUAUUUUCAAAGCCACGGCUGACUGUGGACCCCAUAGAAAUAUUUGAGGGAGACCGUUUCAAACUGACCUGCUCUGUUUCCAUUUACAUUCCCGAGAAGAUCAACAAUGAAACCAUGGAAUUCUCCUUCUAUAAAGAUAAUACCAAGCUUAUGAUCAAGAAUGAAACUUUAAAAUACUCUUUUUACAAAGAUAACACCCUGCAUACCAAUGCAGAGGCGUAUAUAAGAGCAGUGAACCUUGAAAAAAAUGGCAACUACACCUGCAAAGCUCAAAGUUUGUCUCUGAUACACAAUUUUGUCAAGGAGAGCCAAAAACUUGUCAUCAAAGCCAAAGUUCCUGUUUCAAAACCUGUGAUGAGUGUGGUGGGUGGCAUGCUGUUUUUGGGAAAGGACUUCCAGCUGCUCUGUCAGAGCAGCAGAGGCACUCUGCCCAUCAUGUACACUCUGCACAUCCCUAACAGGAGGCCUGAGCACAAAACUGUGAGCAAGACAGGGGAACAGGCUAUCUUCAGCCUUCCAGCUAUCCUCAAGGGCUCUGACUUAAGCAACUUUCAAUGCCACGCAAAAAACAGUCAACGCAGGCCUCUUAUGAUAGGAUUAGGACAGCAACUGCUGCGCUCAACCAGCAUCAUAGAGCCUGUAUCAACACCAAUGUUGACCAUCACUCCCAGUGCUGGGGACAUCUCUGAGGGUCAGAGUGUGAGUCUCAUCUGCUCUGUUCAGAGUGGCAGCCCACCCAUUAACUUUACCUGGUACCACACCGAGACAGAUGUUGCUCUUGCUUCUGUGUCUACCGAUAAACGGGAAGAAUCUUUCAGAAUACACAACGUCAGAGGAGAGCACAGAGGGAGAUACUACUGUGUGAGCACAAACCUGGCCAAGGAAACCAAAUAUAGCCCCGAAAUCACAUUUGGAGUGAAGCUGGCUGGGUGGAAAAAAGGUCUUAUUGCAGCCUUCUGCAUCACACUUAUACUGGCCUUGAUCCUUGUUAUUGCCUUCAAGAAACGGCUCUUUCAGUUUGAGAGGAAGAGAUCAGCCAAGUUGUCAGUGAAGUCAGCCAGCACCAAAACAGAGCGGCUGAGCCUCACCCAGGCAGAAGUCAUCGAGGCUGCCAAUGUCACCCCAGGCAUUAUGGGGAAAAGUGUUUGGAGUGAACAUGUCUCAGGCUCUGAGUCUGAUGACCAGAACAGUGUGAUCAUUUCUGAAAAGUCAGAACCUCAGUACACAGAGGUGCAGGUCAGAGAGGCAGAUCCCAACAGAGCUCCAGUGAAAAAGGGCACAGACACCGUAUACAGCGAAGUGCGCAACUCCCAGCAAGGUGUUCCAGAGCCAGCUGAUGGUGUGUCAGUGGAAUAUGCACAGCUGAAUCAUGAUAAUAAUCGUCACAGUGACCACAGUAACCACAGUAACCAUGGUGACCACAGCGCAGAUGGAGAUCACAUAGCUGAGACUGACAACUCUGUUAGCACUGACACCGGUGACCAGGGGGAAGGGACAUGUGACCCAGCACCCGACUGUUGAUCAAACGACAAUAAUUUUUUUUAUUUCCCCUUAAUUCUCUGGCUUGAUAAAGCAGCUGAUUCUUUGCACUGAAAUUUCUUUAAAGCUUGUAGGUCAUGUCACUAAUUAUAUUCUUUUACAUUUUGUUUUUGUCGUGCUUUAAACAUUUCAAGCUGUAUUCAGUUUCCUGUCUUUUUAAAGAAUGAAUAAAUUGUUU